GAUGUCAUGGAGGCAGCAGUGAUGCUGUUGCCCGGUGCCUGAAUCUGUGCUGCCAGACCGGGGGAAACCAAAGUCGCCAGUCCAGCAUCAGCAAAGACUCUGCCAGCAGGGGGACUGAAAAGGAUCUCAGACAUCCUUCAGAAGCAACAUAAGCACUGAGAAGAUGACUCUUGCAGCCUACAAAGAGAAAGUGAAAGAGCUCCCCCUGGUGUCUCUGUUUUGCGCCUGCUUUAGACCACAGAAUCUAGAGAAGGCCACGUACAAGGCAGAAGAUGCAGUGGAUUUGGGAUGGAGUGCCAUUAAGGAGGUGGAGGUCAAAGAGUUGAACAAGAGGGCAUCGGGUCAGGCCUUCGAGGUCAUCCUGAAGCCACCAUCAUUUGACGGCUUACCAGAGCUCAACGCAUCUAUGCCUCAGCGCAGAGACCCAUCCCUGGAGGAGAUCCAGAAGAAGCUAGAGGCAGCCGAAGAGAGGCGAAAGUGUCAGGAGGCCGAGCUGCUGAAGCACCUGGCGGAGAAGCGGGAGCACGAGCGAGAGGUGAUCCAGAAGGCCUUUGAGGAGAACAACAACUUCAUCAAGAAUGCCAAGGAGAAGUUGGAGCAGAAGAUGGAGGCAAACAAGGAGAACAGGGAGGCUUUGUUGGCCGCCAUGUUGGAGAGGCUGCAGGAGAAGGACAAACAUGCGGAGGAGGUGAGGAAGAACAAGGAGCUGAAGGAGGAGGCCUGCCGAUAGAUGAGCGCAGAGAAAGAAAGGCUGAUGAGAGAAGAGGUCCACAAAGAGUAGCUAGAGAUGGUUUGUGUUUGAUUUUUUUUCAAAAUCAGCAGUGCAAAGCGAUCCAGCAGGGAAAAAAAAAAGAACUCGUAAAGUGACUCAAAAGAAGAGAGAAGUAAGACUUUCAUAUUUGAUGUAUGUCAGAAUGAGCUGUACAAAGAAGCUUAACUAACGCUUAAUGUUGAACAAAAUUCUCUUUUGUUUUUCUCAAGAUGAUGGUGGACGGGGCAUUUUAAGCAACAUUUCGUGUACCGAAUAGAGAGGAUGCGAGCGGUAUCCAAAAUAUUGCUGACUAUUUGCAUUUUUUAAAGAAGUCGCAUAAUCAUACAUGAUACACACAUUUUCUGCAGGCCUCAUGUGAACUGACAUGAAUCAGUAAAGAAUAAUUGAAUAGAAGGAUCAAAAUAGUAUCACUAAAAUUGUUCCUGCUUUUAUGAUUAAUCCGCUUAAUUCUUCGUUUUUUCGUACCGCAGACUAACUAGCUGAGCUUGGGGCUAACUGCCUAUUUAGUGAGUAGCAGGGUAAAGGAAAUUAGCGAGCACACACGUUUAGCUAUUGCGCCUUCUGUAUAUAAAGUAAAAGCAUUCUUACCAGGGAUAUGAAAUGUGAAAAUGAUUCAUUUCAAGUUAGAAUUUGUCACCGUUUGGGAUUGAUCACACUGUUUAGAAUUUGGGAGUUUAAACUGCUGUAUUUUGCAAUUUUCAGGGUCUUUUAGCGGAUUCAAUGUAGUGCGGUUGCUAACUAGUCUCAAACAUAUACAGCACGGAUUGCACUCUUAUUUUAUCAAGCACAACUCAGAAGCACACAUACAUACAUGACAGAUCAAGUAAACACGUAUUUCGGUGAUUUGGAUGCAAAGUUUGAGUUUGUUGGCAUUCCUCUUUGGCAUGUGUCGCUGUGCUCUGUGAGUUUGUGAAAGAUACAAAAAAAAAAGAUCAGAAAAGAUUGAUGUCAUUUGCUUAAGUUGUCGAGUUAUAUGGCUUUUCUUGAAACGCUGAAAAUGUUUGCACAGUAAUUUGGAAAAACUGUGUUGAUUUGAGUGUAUCCAUUUGGCAUGGUCAGUAAAACAAAAUCAGCUUGACUGAA